AUGGCUCAGGCAUCUGGAGACGCCGAGGCUCUGAAACUUGCAACGGAUGCCCACGUGAAAUAUGUCCUGAGCUUGGACACGAAAACUGAUGAGCUGGACUAUUGGAUGACAGAGCACCUACGGCUCAACGGUGCCUACUGGGGCCUAUGUGCCCUCCAUUUUCUCCGUCACCCUGAGGCUCUACCACGCAAGGACACCAUCGACUUCGUCCUCUCCUGCCAACAUGAUAAUGGCGGCUUUGGGGCUGCCCCUGGACACGAUGCUCACAUGCUCUCUACGGUAAGUGCCGUGCAGAUUCUCGCCAUGGUUGAUGGCUUCGACGAGCUAGAAGCGCGAGGAAAGGGAAAGGCGGCAGUUGGCAAAUUCAUAGCAGACCUUCAAAAUCCCGAGAGCGGAAGCUUCUUUGGCGACGAGUGGGGUGAAGAGGACACAAGGUUUCUAUAUGGCGCCCUCAACGCUCUAUCACUCUUGGGCCUCCUAUCUCUGGUCGACGUCGACAAGGCUGUCUCGCAUAUCGUCGCUUGCUCAAACUUUGACGGCGGCUACGGCGCGAAGCCCGGAGCAGAGUCCCACGCUGCGCAAAUCUUCACCUGCGUCGCGGCUCUCGCCAUCGCUGGCCGCCUUGAUCUCGUAGAGCAUGAGAAGCUUGGCCGCUGGUUGAGCGAGAGGCAGCUUCCUGGGGGCGGUCUCAAUGGUCGGCCCGAGAAGAAGGAAGACGUCUGCUACAGUUGGUGGGUGUUGAGCAGUCUCGAGAUCAUUGGUCGCGUCCACUGGAUCGACAAGCAGGCCCUCAUCAACUUCAUCUUGGCCUGUCAGGAUCCAGAAAACGGCGGCUUCUCUGACGGGCCGGGCAAUAUGGUGGACGUCUGGCACACGUGUUUUGGCACCGCCGGGCUGAGCUUACUUGGAUACCCUGGCAUGGAGCCCGUGGAUCCGAGGUAUUGCAUGCCCAAGAGUAUUGUGGCAAGGAUUCUGGGAGAGUGA